AUGACCUUCAUGAUCCAUCAUCUCCUGACCUCGGCGACCUCAAGGGCACCGUCCGGGACCUCCCUUGCUGCCCACGUCCUGUGUGCCUGUGGUGCCUUUGUCCGAGUGAGCUCUGACAGCCGUCUCUGCCCCGGUCUCUGUCCACAGCAGUUACACGGGAACAACAUACACUUCACCGAUGGCUAUGAGAUCAAGGAGGACAUCGGGGUGGGCUCCUACUCCGUGUGCAAGCGAUGUGUGCAUAAAGCUACUGAGGCAGAGUAUGCCGUGAAGAUCAUCGAUAAGAGUAAGAGAGACCCCUCAGAAGAGAUCGAGAUUCUCCUGAGGUACGGGCAGCACCCGAACAUCAUCAGCCUCAAAGACGUCUACGACGACGGGAAGUUCGUGUAUCUGGUGAUGGAGCUGAUGCGUGGCGGAGAGCUCCUGGACCGCAUCCUCCGGCAGCGUUACUUCUCGGAGCGGGAGGCCAGCGAUGUGCUGUGUACCAUCACCAAGACCAUGGACUACCUCCACUCCCAGGGGGUGGUGCAUCGAGACCUGAAGCCGAGUAAUAUACUGUAUAUGGACGAGUCUGGAAACCCUGAAUCCAUCCGAAUCUGUGACUUUGGGUUUGCCAAGCAGCUUCGAGCUGAGAAUGGGCUGUUGAUGACACCCUGCUACACGGCAAAUUUCGUUGCCCCGGAGGUCCUGAAGCGGCAAGGCUACGAUGCAGCAUGUGACAUCUGGAGUUUGGGGACCCUGCUGUACACCAUGCUGGCGGGAUUUACCCCAUUUGCAAAUGGACCAGAUGAUACUCCUGAGGAGAUUCUGGCAAGGAUUGGCAGUGGGAAGUACGCCCUUUCUGGGGGAAACUGGGACUCAAUCUCCGAUGCCGCGAAG